CUACCGCCUCCCAUCUGUGUCUACAUAGUAGAGCAACUCCUUCGUCGACUGCCCCCGGCAGCAGUAAGACGCCACAUCCCGAACGGCCACAUUCACCUACAACGCCCAAACUAUACGUCUGAAGGCUCCCGCCUGGAACGCGAGAGAGAUGAUAAACAAGCGCGUGAUGCCAGUGACCCGCGCAUCCUCAAGCUGAACGCCCUGAACACAAAAACCAUCAACGACGGCAAACGCCAACGCUUGCAUAGGCUAGUUGCAGAUUGCAAUUUCUGCAAACGGACAGGACCAACAGUGCCGUGA